GUGGCGGGAAAUCGAAAUCGCCAUCGCCCGCCAAAUUAAAAAAAAAAGGAAAAAAAAAAAAAAGAAGCAAAUGAUUAUAAAAUGGGUUAUGGGUUCUUCGUCUGCAUAAUAUUAGCUGCCGCCAAAACAAAAUAAAAAAUCCGCAUCGACUCUCUCAGUGGGUGGUUUCGCAGGUCAGGAUCUGUUAUGCCAUGGACAAAUACGUAGUUCCCCAGAAACCCUCACCUCCAAACCCUAAACCAAUUCCAAGGAAGCAAUGGAACCGAGGGUUGAUCGAAUUGAACGGGAGGAUGGAACCCAAGUACUGCCACUCAGUCUCCGGCUUGCUUACGGAGUCGUAUUCCCAGAUUGGUGCAUUUCCCCAUUUGUAUCACAUCAACGGCGAGCCGUGUCCUUCCCAUAGUAAUCGAAUUCAAACCACCAUGUAUCCACUGGGCGUUAGGAACCUGGGGUUCUCUGCUUUGGACUUUGACAAUAAGGGAAUAUACCUGGCAUCUGUCACAAAAGCAGGGUGCUUAACAGUGCAUGACUUUGAAGCUCUGUACUGCCAGAGUUAUGCAUCAAACCCAUGCUUAGCAGAAGAUGAGAGUAAGCUUGUGCUGCACCUUCCUUCUCAUCGACAACGUGAUUGUGUCCGAUGGAAUCCUGCUAACCAAGAUGAGGUUGUCUGCACUUCUAUGCUAAGCGAUGAAGUGCUUGUGUUUGAUAUUGGUUACAUCUCUUCUCAACCAUCACAAGUGUUAAGAAUAGGAUCUUCAUUUUCUUGUCAUUCUAUAACCCGAAAAGGUCUUUCUGAUGUUGCUUUUACUUUGGAUGACAACUCAAGGUUGCUUGCUUCUGAUACAAGUGGUGACAUCAACGUGUGGGACAGAAGAAUGAGUGCACUCCCAUAUCUUGAACUUACAACUCCUUCCUACUGCACCCUUAAUAGUAUCGAAUCAAAUGUGGAAAAUCAGAUCAUUUUUGGGGCUGGUAAGAAUGGUGUUAUUUACAUGUGGGAUCUUCGUGGAGGAAGAGCAUCUUCUGCUUUUCAAAGUCAUAGAGAAUUUUCUCAACCAUCCCAUAGACCUCUAGCAUCAUUCAAGUUAGCCUCAUUUCUAGAGAAAAUCAGUCCGCUGAAGGCACAAUCAGACAUAGUAGCAAAGUCAAUACACUCUAUUGAUCUUGAUCCAUCUUGUCCAUAUCAAUUAGCAUUUCACCUUGAUGAUGGUUGGUCUGGUGUUCUGAACUUGUAUAAUUUUCAAGUUACACAUAUUCAUUGCCCUCCACCAGCUUGGCUAAAUGAGUCGUAUAACUCAGCUUGUAUAUUGAGUUCGAGAAAACCAUCGUGGCUACCAACCAACUCCAUCUAUGUGGUUGGAUCUUCAUCUGAAAAUGGAAUUCAUCUUUUAGAUUUCUAUCCAGACUCCAGUUCUCCUACCCAUGUGGACUAUAACGAGGAUGAACGUGGUAUGUCUGGACCAAACAAUCAAACAAAGCGAAACAGGUUUCUACCAUUAACUGAAGGAGUUACCGCAUGUGCUGUACAUCCCCUCAAUGGCACCAUUGUUGCUGGAACUAAGCUUUCGUCUUUACUCAUGAUUUCCCAAAGUCACCAGCCCUGCUGAGAUAAUUUCCACAAAUCAUAUUUUGUUGACAAUUUCCCAAAGACCUUGGUUCAAGGGAAUAUAUAUUUUUGGCGUGGAUCAAACUGAAACUGAGGUCAAGAUAAAUUUCAGAAGUCUUGGCACUCUGCACACUUUAGAGGAUAAAUACUUUUAGCAACUUGGAGGCAAACAGUCCUUAUUCUAUGUACAUUUCAAUUCAGCGGAAGAUAAUCUUCUGUCAUAAAUCUCCAUUUUUCCUAAUCUGUUGAAAACUUUAAUGUACAUUAUGUUGUAGACUUCGGAGAAUUAGAAUUUCUUCUACAAGAUCAGCUAAACGUUAUAGCAUAUGAUGGAAUGAAUGGAAUACAAGAUAAGCUAAAUCUCUACCUUUUCCUAAUCUGUUGAAAACUUUAAUGUACAUAAUGUUGUAGACUUUGGAGAUUUUCUUCUACAAGAUCAGCUAAACGUUAUAAUAUAUGAUGGAAUGGAAUACCCAAAAAAAAAAAAAAAAAAAAAAAAAAAGAAAGAAAAAAUCCUGAUACGACGUGAACCGGCCAGUAGAUUUUUGGCCGAACUCUGUCAAGUAAACACUAUAUAGAACUGCAUACGGUGAAUCGGGAUACACAAAAAAAAUAAAAAAAAAAAUAAAAAAAAAA